AUGGAUGCUGCAGGCACUACAGCUACCAGCAUACUUUACGCCACAUACCUUUUUCUUGUCCGCGCAAAAAAGUCCAGAGAGUUCGAAGAUGAAUUCGAACGACAUCAACUGAAGCUCGACACUCUCGAAAUGCGCCUCGAUGCCGUAAGAGCGAUCCUCGAAGAAAGGCCUGAAGGACAGACGAUAUCAUUGGCACCGAUUUUCGACAGUGCACAGCGCACCCUGCUCAGAGCUCAGCAGGACACUGCAGAAAUUGGUGCUCAUACAGCCACACCACUCAGCAGAAUGCAGUGGGUCAUCUACCGGAGAGAUCGCUGUGACAGAAGCAUCGCAGAUAUUAGUGCAGUUGUCACUGGUCUGGAAGGUCUAGUCAGCAAUAGUCGACGUUGGCAAGGGCUAUGA